AUGAAACCAACAAUUCUCCUCAUAUUUCUAUUCAUAUUUCCAAUUCAUGUGCAUAUGAUAAGUGACUCGGAUAUUAUAAGUCAGUUCCGAUGCAGUGGCUCAUUUUACAUUGAUAGAAGACAACAAGACAAAUGUGACAAAAAAGGUUCCGAGUGUACAACAAAGCUUGGUCAAAUCGGACAAUGCGAAGAUAUGAUUCGAGAUUCUUCUGUUACGCCAAGUAACACGCCCGUAUGUGAUUUAGCACAAUUUUCAGGGAGUAAUAGGAACUCCCUAUUUUUGCAGGAUCUUCGUUGCUGUCCAAACCAAUUAAUUCCCGAAGAUUUCCAGUCAAAUAUGAAAUGUGGUAACACACAACAACUUGGUUUAUUUGCAUAUUGUAAAAAUGGAUAUGUUUAUAGUGUUUCCUUAGAAACUUAUAGAUCGAAUAAUGAAACUUCAAUUACAUGUGAUCUUAAUCUAAAUUGUGCAAAAGGAAGUUAUUGUGUACUUAGUGUUGAUAUGAAUAACACGCUUGAUAGAUAUGUGAGAAAAUGUUUCGUUAUUGAUCCACCGGAGGAAGAAGAUAACACAGUGCUUAUUAUAAUUAUCGUUGCGGUUGUAGUGCUUUUGAUAAUUAUUGUUGGAAUUGUUGUUGGUAUCUUGGUUUGUAAGAAGAUGCGAAAAAGAAAAAGUGGUCACAAGAAUAAUUCGGCUGAAAGUAGUGCAAAUAGCGAAGAGGAGAAGAAGGAAAAGCCGAGUAAGGAAAAGAAGCCAAAAAAGGGAUCGAAUGUUUAG